UCCCUAUAGAGCGCUGACCUGCCAGUCUGUAUAUUGACCCGCUCUAUCUAUCGACCUGUUAAUCAGUACACAUACACACUACCAGGCCUCGUACCGUUCAUCAGAUACUACUUCCGUCACAAUGAUGCGGGUAUUGGCCCCCGCCAUUGCUCUGUGUUUCCUAGCAACCGUGAAUGAAGCCAAACCUCUGAAUCUACGUCCAAUUAUAGGGGUGUUGGCACAAGAGACCAGUGGAACGAUGUCCUCGAAUGGGGACAGCUUUAUCAUUGCUUCCUACGUGAAAUGGGCGGAAGCAGAAGGGGCAAGGAUUGUUCCCAUCAGGAUAAAAGAGCCGGAUGAGUACUACGAGGAUAUCUUUCAGAGAAUAAACGGUGUUCUUCUCCCCGGUGGAAGUAUUGAUAUUAUGACGUCAUACCACGCCAAGGCAGCCAAGAAGCUGUACAAUAUGGCACUAAAGGCCAAUGACAAUGGUGAUUACUUCCCUAUAUGGGGUACAUGUCAGGGUCUCCAGCUGUUGUCUGCAUUGACAGCAGGACAGAAUUUGCUGGCUGACAGACCAUACAACGGCGUUCUACCUCUGGAUUUCAAGCCAGACUUCCAGAGCAGUAGGUUGUUCCGGAACCUCCCCGAGGAUGUGUACACCGCAUUAGCAAAGGAGAACGUCACUUCCAAUCUCCACAUGUAUGGGUUGACGCCACAGAACUACAGUGGAAAUAGUCUACUUAAGAAUUUCUAUCGUGUAAUGUCAACAAACUUUGAUAAAAACGGAGAUGUGUUUAUCUCAACUAUGGAGGCCUAUCACUACCCGUUUUACGGUGUCCAGUUCCACCCCGAGAAGAACGUGUACAACUGGGACCUUCACUUCGUCAACAACCAUGACGCCGACGCAAUAUUAGCAGCACAUUACUUCUCCGACUUCUUCCUUGCUGAAGCCCGGAAGAGUGACCAUUCGUUCCCCACAAUUGAUGAAGAAAUCGAAGCACUCAUUGACAAUUACAACCCCGUGUUUACGAAGAACUCUGCAUUUGAAGAUAUUUACUAUUUUAAUUUUACAGCCUCACAAUAGCCACAAGGGAUACGAGCAUACGAGCUUCGUUUCCUUAGGACAAAGGCGUUGUGUCCAUCCUUUAUUGAGUUCUAGAUAUUUUCGUCAUGUUUUAGCUCCUUUACAGCAUUGUAGCUCGUACCCAUGGAAACACGUUCAAUGUUUAAUAUCAGAUGGAUAACAUCAAAUAAAAUGGUAUUUUUUUUAACGAAAGGAUUGCAAUUAUCUACUGAAUCAUCACUUGUUCGCUCAAUUUUCAUUGUAUGAAAUUCAUUUCGUUGUUUUUACGUUUAAAAAUGAAUGAAAUGAAAGAUUU